AUGGGCUGGUUCUGGAACACCCCGCCGCAGUCGAAGCCCUCGACGCCUCCUCCGACGCGGGCUCCCCCAGCAUCCUCGCCAUACCAGCAACAGUCCGAUCCCGAGACGGACCCGGAGAUCCAAAAGUUCCUCUCCUUCUUCCAAGAAGAGACCAAGGCCAUCGAUUCGGCCCAGCAGCAGCGGCCACAGAGCCAAGAACGUCAACAACAAAACAGUGCCUCGGCACCCUCCUCCGAGUCCUCCUCGUCAGCGUCAUCACCACCGCAAUCAUCAUCCACACCCUCCUGGCUCUCAUGGCGCAGCUCCUCCUCGCCAGCGCAACAGAGUGAACCCCCCGCUGCCCCGACCACUAGCACCCAACAACCGCAGCAGCAGGAGCAGCAGCAGCCGCCGCCGCCCACGCCGGCCGACGCCCUCCGCGACUCCCUCCUCCCGACCGAGAUGUCCUGCCGGCAGGCCUUCGACCUGGCCUGGGGCUGCCAGUCCCCCGUGGGCCAGUGGAACGCCAUCUACCGCUACGGCGCCGUCAAGCCGUGCUCGGAGCACUGGGACGACUUCUGGUUCUGCAUGCGCGUCAAGUCGUACGGCCGCGAGGCCAAGCAGGCCGCCGUCCGCGCCCACUACCGCGCCAAAGAGCUGCGCAAGUACGGCCCGGGCCGCCCCAGCUCCGAGGACGUCUGGCAGAGCCGCGACCGCCUCGUCGACAGGGGCUCCGCCUUCAGCGUCGCGCUCGAGGACGACGACGGCGCCCUCAGCGACGCCGAGCUCUCGCUGGCGCAGAUGCAGAGGAGGAAGAUGGUGCAGGAGUCGUUGGCCGCGGCCGGCGCGCCCAAGGAGGCUUAG